AUGAAAGUAGAAAGUCUCGCAAAAUUCAGAGAAUACGCAGAAGCAUUGUUCAGGGCUAAUCAAAAUACAAGAUAUUUUAUGAAGUAUCGAGAUGAUGAUUUGAUUAUUACUUUAAAAGUUACUGAUAACGUUAAAACAUAUACCUACGACAUUAAGGAUAGAAAAGAAAUGAAUGCUGUUACUGAAUUAAAUAUGAAAAUGAUGUCAUACAUGUCAGGAAGAACAAAAUUGGAAUAA